GGGCCGUGGUAGGGGUCGGGGUGUCCACCGCACAGCAUCAGCUGGGCCCGGGGGCGACGGAGGGACCAUGGCGGCCGGCGGCAUCACCACGCUGCCAGGGCAGCCAGAGGACGGCGGCGCCGCCUUCCCGCCUGGCCACUUCAAGGACCCCAAGCGGCUCUACUGUAAGAACGGCGGCUUCUUCCUGCGCAUCCACCCCGAUGGCCGCGUGGAUGGAGUCCGCGAGAAGAGCGACCCUCAUGUCAAACUGCAGCUCCAAGCAGAAGAGAGAGGCGUUGUGUCUAUCAAGGGAGUGUGUGCCAACCGCUACCUUGCUAUGAAGGAAGAUGGACGACUGCUGGCUUCUAAAUGUGUUACAGAAGAGUGUUUCUUUUUUGAACGAUUGGAAUCUAAUAACUACAAUACUUACCGGUCAAGGAAAUACUCUAGUUGGUAUGUGGCACUGAAACGAACUGGGCAGUAUAAACUUGGAUCCAAAACAGGACCUGGGCAGAAGGCUAUACUGUUUCUUCCAAUGUCUGCUAAGAGCUGACUGUAAUGGCAGCACCAAAUCUCAUUUCACAUGAAAGAAGCAUAAGUUGGAAAUUGUUAAUGAGAGAAAGCAAUAUGUACAACUUAGUUUGUAUACCUGUUCAGGUAACUUUGUGUGUAAUAGAAGAUCCUUACCCAUUACCUCAGUAAAGAAAAAGAGCAAAAGAACAACGAUUUUUUGAAAUAUAUAGACUUUCUCCUUUCAUACAGCUUCUGUUCUGACCUGGUGAAGAUUCGAGCUAUAGUCUUUGUCAUUUAUUUACUUUAUUUGAAGAGGAUUUAAAAAUAUGAAGCUUUUAUAAUUUUCAUCAUGGAGAAGAUAUACAUCAGAAAAUUAACAUCAGGUCUUACACUAAUCUGUACCUGCAGUUUACUUUAAAGCACUUGAGUUUAUCCAUUCCUGUCAUGGCUUUGUAUGUCUCAGGCAGCUCCUUGUGAUAGAGCUUGUAAAACAGGCCUGUGUACACAGUGAGGCGUUCCUCCAUGGUGAGAUCAAUCUUGUCAAACCCUUCUCUGUACCCAUACAGCAGCAGCCUAGCCACCCUGCUGGUGAUAGGGGUCAUAUUUUCAGUCCUGACUAGGUGGCUGAGCUCUAUCCACUCGCACCCCAAGCAUUCCUGCUGACAGAAGUUGUGGUGAAGGAACAGGGUUGAAGGCAGCAGACCACGUACAUGUUUGACUUCCCAAAGGCUCCAGGACUGCGGUGCUGCUGUCAGAUGCUCAGCACGGACCUGAAUUCUGACUUUACACCAGUCUCUUCAAAAACUUCUCGGACUGCUGUGUCUCCUGUAUGAAAGAGAGAAACAUAACAAUUUCAUUCUUAGAGAUGUUUUGAUCAAAGGUCUGUAAGUUCAAAAAUAAAACUGAGCUGGGUGUGGUGGUGCCUGCCUUUAAUCCUACCACUUGGGAGGCAGAGGCAGACAAACCUCUGUGAGAUGGAGGCCAACCUGGUCUACAUAGAAAGUCAAGGCUAGCUGGGGCUACAGGGAGACUCUGUCUCAAAAAAGACCACAAAAACAAAAACUGUUUUCAGACUAUCUGCUUUCUGGAUGUUAUGAAAUACACUUUAUAUUUAAAAUGUUGUUGAAACAUCAAGUGUCUCUGGAGACCUGUCCACUUGGACAUUUUUGGAGCCCCAUUUUUUGGAGCCCCGUUUUUUAAACCCCUGUUUUCUCUUUCCAAAAGAUAGUAACAUAUUUGCAAACAAAGAUGCAGUUAAUAUUCUGACAUAUCCUUCACUAUUGCCCUACCCCAGAAUAGCCUUGAAAACUGCCUGAAGUUGUAGGCAGCAGAGUUGAAAGUUCCUGUCCUUCCUCAGGGAAAUCUGUAGGGCUUGCUGAACAUGCUUGAGAGAUUUGAAAUGACUUAGCCCUCUGGGCUCUCAAGACCCCACAGCCACCAGGCAGGUGCUUCAGCACUAUAGGCACCGCCCUAGUUGCCAGUGAAUCCUGCUUGAUUUUGGCUCUGCUUUUGUGUCUAGAUACUGGAUUCCAAAGAACUGGGAAUUCAUUCCUUCAGUUACCAAAAUGCAGUAGCUGUUUCAUCAAACAUUUUCUGCUGGAAAUAUAUAGAAUUUUAUAAUAAACAAGGGUUUUCAUGUUUUAUUAGUCUUUUCAAUUUGUAUUAAUUUCCAUGGCAAAAACUUUAUUGCCAUCAACAUUCUUUUGUGUCCAGUUUUUCUGUACACCCAAGAAGACUGAGUAAAUGGAUUUCACCAAACUUUGUGAUACAUUGUAGCUCACUUUCUUGACCACUUUUCUGAGAAGCUUCAUGGUUGUUGUAGAGAUUGUUUAAAUACCUUUGAAUGCCUCUCUGGAAGUCAAAUAGUAUAUAAAUUUACCUGGUCAGCAGUCCUACUGGCAAAGCAUAGUCAAGGAAGAAAACUAGAUAGAAGUGCUUCAGUCUCUGUGUCCCUGCACCGUAGACCAUCUUCCCAGUCCACGGGACACAUACCAGCCCCCAAGACAUGUUCUUGCUAAGAAAUUUUUUUUUUGUUGGGUUUGUUGUUGUUGUUGUUGUUGUUUGGUCUUUUUGAGACAGGGUCUCCCUGU